CCACCUUGAAGUGUAACGGCGACCACCGUGUGUCGAAACUAGACCGCACGCUACCGGCACACUGGUCUUGUGUGGCGUUGAUCCCAAGUGGAACCGCCGCACCGCAGAAGAAGCUCCCUUUGCUGCAUCGAGCAUCAUCUCCGCGUUGGCAUGUCGCUACGAAGGAACCACGCAACCCAUCCCGAGGAGCUCCCCCAAAGUGGCCUCUUCUUUCUUGUGCUUGUUGACUAAGACAGAGGGUGUGGAAGGUGUUUCACGACAACCUUAAUCCCUCCCGUCCGCCCAUCCUCCCGCCCCUUUCACCUCGUGUUGGUAAAACCUUUUGACGCCUCCAUCACGACCAACGACUCUUCGAUUAUGACGCUCACGCCAUGUUGAGGUGAUACAUAUCUAGCUUGUACGACGACCCUGUUUUCUUCUCCCGGCCCUCUUUUGAAAGAGGUGGAGGUUCUCCCUCGUCUCUCACCUGGAAACACCCCAAUAUGAGAUUCAUCUCUCUGUUGCUGUCCGUGGCUGCGGUGCUCUCAUGUGCCGCGGCGCAAAGCGAUGCUGCUUCAGCUGUAGCAUCGCUACCAAAAUGCGCACAAGCAUGUCUUGUCACGGCAGUCCUCAGCUCCCCAUGCGCGUCGACCAACCAGACGUGUAUCUGCACCAAUGCUCCUUUGCAGGUCGAAGUUGAAGCCUGUGUUCUGCAGAACUGUACUCUCAGGAAUGCCCUCACAACCAAGAACAUCACCCAGACGACAUGUGGCGCGACCCCGAGAGACCGCACGCCGAUGUACAACACCAUCUCCAUCACAAUGGGUUGCCUGUCUGGUUUAUUCGUAAUUAUUCGCCUGGUACACAAGGUGUUUGCGACAAUGGGUGAUCUCGGCAUGGACGACUGGUUUAUUCUCAUUACACUCGGCUCCGGCAUUCCGGGAACUGUAAUCAACACCCACGGAUUCGCCGCCAACGGCCUCGGCAAGGACAUUUGGACCGUCUCUUUCACCAAGAUCAACGACUUUGGGUAUUGGUUCUUUAUCAUGGAGCCGAUGUAUUUCGCUCAGGUUACGCUGCUCAAGAUGUCUCUCCUCUUCUUCUAUAUGCGCAUCUUUUCGCAGAGCAGUAUCAAGAAACUCAUCUGGGGCACCAUCGGAUUCAACGCAGUGUUCGGCCUCACCUUCAUAUUUGUCGCCAUCUUUCAAUGCCAACCGAUCAGCUUUUACUGGACAAAGUGGGACGGAAACCGCAACGGACAAUGCUUGGAUAUCAACGCCAUCGCCUGGGCCAAUGCUGGCAUCAGUAUUGUGUUGGAUAUCUGGAUGCUCGCUCUGCCUCUAUCUCAGAUCAAGGGCCUGAACUUGCAUUGGAAGAAGAAGGUGGGCGUGGCCAUGAUGUUCUUCGUCGGCACCUUUGUUACCGUCGUCAGUAUUCUGCGCCUGCAGUCUCUAGUCGCGUUCGCAAAGUCCCAGAACCCGACCUGGGAUCAAUUCGAAGUAGCGACCUGGUCCACCGUCGAAAUCAACGUGGGCAUCAUCUGCGCCUGCAUGCCCUCAAUACGCGUCAUCCUCGUCGGCUUCUUUCCCAAGCUGCUGGGCACGACACGGCGCGGCACAUCCGCAGCAGCCAAGUACUACAUCCAAUCGAGCGGCAACGGCCGCAGCCGGAACAGGACGCUGGGCAACGAUGCCAAGGUCAGGACCGUCGAUCGCGAAUCGGGGCUCUCGAGCAGCCCGAACGGCAUCAUGUACACCAAGGAGUACACUGUGGACUAUCACGACGAGACGAGCUUGGUUCACAUGCGGGAGUUGGAAGCGGGCAGCUCAAAGACAGGGAGGACGGGACGAAGCGGUUCCCCGUUCUGAUUUGCCCUGGUUGUUUCUCCUUUGUUACUAGCGGAAUUUUGGCUCGAAGUCUGCGCUUGCAACGAGUUGUAUGACACAAGAUGUUUUUUUUUUUUUUGGAUACCACAAUAGCGUGAGGGAGUACCAGAAGGUAUGCCCAAUGGUAAUUGACUUAAUCGACUCA